UCUAGUAGACAUUCUAACCGGCGGCGGAUAUCGUUACAACGGCGCACCACGGCGAUAGUGUAUAUCGGAAAUUAGGUAAUGUUUCUUCUAGAUACCCUCCCUUUCUUUGGGGCUGUAUAACAGUACAAUGCAUGUUUUAUUGUACCAUGCCUCUCUUGAUUUCCGAAUUCUCAAGGGUAAUGCGCAGCAAGGGCAAUAGCGAUUCUUGGUAUAUGUCUGAGUACCUGUAUCAUUGUUUUCGUUCCUGUGUAUUCAUUCUCUUCGGCUCUUCCUGUUUCUUACAGAUGCCUGAUUGUGGGGUUAUUGGCUCCUUCCGUAGUCGCGCCUUCCUUAUUUUCAGUCGCUUUCUUCAUGUGCCUCCCUUCUUUUCACCCAUCCCCUAUCUUCUGCUUCUGCUCUUCGAGCGCCUGUUUUCUGUUUGCUUGUGUUAGCUAGACCUUUGGCUUUACAUCCGGUGAAACGAACUCGGCAUCGCUUUCUGAACUUUCCAAAUCAUCCUGAUUGACGUACCCGGAUUGCUUCUCUAGCC